CUUUCAAAUUCCUGUCUGAUUGCUGAAGACACUUCGGAUGUGCCGACACGUGCGCAACCUGUGCACUUUGAUUUCUCCUUUGAAGGGAUCGAAUGUGUUGAAUACCAGAAACGAAAAUGUCGAUUUAUAAAAGCCAGGUUCUGCAACGAUACGGACUAUGCAAAGAACGAAAAAUUCAGCAAAAUUAUAAUAAGAUAA